GUAUAUUGAAGUAGCGCACCUCCGGUUUCGAUCUUUCUCUACCAACCUUGUCCAUCAGUUUUUGUCAUGUUGCGGAAUGUUUUGGUCAGGUUCGUGACUGAAUCUGUGCUUGUUGAUGGCUUCGUGCGACGCACGGCUUCCGUACGAUCUCAUUUACCUAAUAUUAUUACGCCAGCGAGGACUCUGACGGACUUCAAGGACGACACGCAGAAGACUUUUGACUCUUCAUUGCUGGACUUUCUGGUAUGUCCGCUGUCCAAGAAGACGCUCAGGUUUGACCCAAAGACCAACGAGCUGAUCAAUGAAGAGCUGGGCAUCGCGUACCCCAUCAUCCAUGGCAUCCCCAACAUGAUCCCCCAGGAAGCCAGACUCUUACCCAAGACAACAACUGCAGAGGGACAGCAUAUUCCAUCUUGA